AUGAAGAGGAAGAAAAGUUGUCAUGAUCCUCCCUCCUCCUCCUCGAAGAAGAAAUGUAAUCAUCCUUCCUCCAUGGAUCCAACUGUUGAUCCCACCUCCACCAAUCCCACCUCCUUCAAUCCAGUUGAUCCCACUGUUAAUCAUCCACCGAGUUCAUCCAACCCUAAUCCAAGUUCAUCCAACCCCAUAUGCAAUGAGGAAAUAUCUUUCUUCAACAAAGAUUGCAAACAGUGGUAUGAGAACUACAUUAAUUAUAGGACUUUGUUAUUGGAGAGGGGUGUUUUACUAGAACAAUUAAAAGAGGUAGGAUGUGAUGUUAUUUUUUCUCUUCAUCAAUGGAAUUCUACGGUAGAUAUCAAGAAGACGGAUAAAAAGAAGAAAAUUCAGCAGCCACAAGUUGAAAUCGAGAAUGAAGUUGAAGUUGAGGAUGAAGAUGAAGCCCAAGCUCAGGAUGUCCCAAAUUCUUCCACAACUGGUAUUCCNAGUACAACUCAGCAACCGCAGCCACAAGUUGAGAAUGAAGUUGAAGCUGAGGAUGAUGAAGCCCAAACCUAA